AUGAUUGGACAUCAAUUUGCGCCUUCCGUCGCGCCGGUCCGUUCGGUGCGCGAGGUUCAAUUCGGAAUUCUGAGUCCGGAGGAAAUUCGAGCCUUUUCUGUGUGCAAAGUCGAGUACCCUGAGGUGAAGGACGAUGCCACUGGAAAAUACAAGGUGGGCGGUCUCUCGGACCCGCGCCUGGGUACCAUCGACCGGAACUACAAGUGUCAGACGUGUGGUGAAGGUAUGGCGGAGUGCCCCGGCCACUUUGGUCACAUUGACUUGGCCCGCCCUGUAUUCCAUGUCGGUUUCCUAGGUAAGGUAAAGAAGCUUCUCGAGUGUGUUUGCGUCCACUGUGGCAAGCUGAAGGCGGAUCCUAUCUCUGAUCCUGUGUUUAAAAGUCUGCUGCAGUCGACACGUACACUGCGAAAGCGCCGUUUCCAACGUGUGUGGGAGUACUGCUCGAAAAUCACGAUUUGUGAAGCGGAUGAAGCGAAGGAAGAGGAUGAGUUUGGUGAUGUAACCCAGCAGAAAAUUGGCCACGGUGGUUGUGGCCGUCUUCAGCCUGCGAUCCGCAAAGAGGCUCUGAAGCUGUUCACCGUGUGGCGCCAGAGUAAGAACGAGGAUGACGAAGAUGGUGGGCGUAUGGCGCAGUCGGAGAAGCGUCCUCUGACCGCGGCGGAAGUGCACACGAUCUUGAAGAAGGUGUCGCCUGAAGAUGUGGUGACGCUCGGUCUCUCGGAAGAGUUUGCGCAGCCUGACUGGAUGGUGCUCACCGUGCUGCCCGUGCCACCGCCUCAGGUGCGUCCAGGUGUGACAGAGUUUGGCAGUGGUAUGGGCCAGGAUGACUUGACGUACAAGUUGGCCGAUAUCAUUAAAGCAAGUGCAAACUUGCGCCGUAUGGAGCAGGAAGGUGCGCCUGCCCAUAUUCUCAACGACUUUGCGGAUCUGCUGCAAUAUCAUGUGGCUACGUACAUGGACAAUGACAUUGCCGGUUUGCCGCAAUCGUUGCAGUCGUCAGGCCGUCCAGUGAAGGCCAUUCGUGCGCGUUUGAAGGGCAAGGAAGGUCGUUUGCGUGGCAACUUGAUGGGUAAGCGUGUUGACUUUUCUGCACGUACCGUAAUUACUGGUGAUCCCAAUCUAGAGUUGGAUCAAGUUGGUGUGCCAAAGAGCAUCGCCCGUAACCUGACGUACCCGGAGCGCGUGACGCCGUACAACCGUGCUUAUCUCUCUGAAUUGGUCCGCAAUGGGCCAAAUGAAUACCCCGGUGCUCGUUAUGUCAUUCGUGAUACAGGCGAGCGCAUUGAUUUGAAAUACAACCGACGUGGCGACAUUGCGCUGCAAGCGGGUUGGAUUGUGGAACGUCAUCUGAAGGAUGGCGACUAUGUGCUGUUCAACCGUCAGCCUAGUCUGCACAAGAUGAGUAUGAUGGCGCACCGAGUCAAGCUGAUGGACUACUCGACGUUCCGUUUGAACUUGAGUGUGACGCCGCCCUACAAUGCCGACUUUGAUGGUGACGAAAUGAACUUGCAUGUGCCACAGAGUGAAGAAGCCCGUGCUGAACUGGCGCAGAUCGCAUGGGUUCCGCGGCAGAUUGUCUCGCCACAGGCCAACAAGCCGGUCAUGGGCAUUGUGCAAGACACGUUGUGUGGUAUUCGCAAGUUUACCCUGCGUGACUGUCUGAUGGACUUUGACCAGGUGCAAAACAUUCUCAUGUGGCUGCCCAACUGGGACGGUGUGGUGCCGCAGCCGUGUAUUCUGAAGCCGAAGCCGUACUGGUCGGGCAAGCAGUUGCUGUCGAUGGUCAUUCCCAAGGGUAUCAAUGUGUUUUUGGGUGAUGCCAAAGCGGCGGCGAACAACUUUGUGAAGGACGACGGUGUGCACAUUGAGAAUGGUGAGAUCAUGUACGGUGUUAUCAACAAAAAAGUGGUCGGUUCCACCGCUGGUGGUCUGAUUCAUAUUAUUUUCCGCGAGCGUGGCCCUGUGGUGUGUCGCGACUUUUUCAGCGGUGUCCAGCGGGUGGUGAACUUUUGGUUGCUGCACAAUGGUUUCUCGAUUGGUAUCGGCGAUACGGUGGCCGAUAAAGCCACGACUGACAAUAUCAACAGGGUGAUCGCGAAGGCCAAGUCGGAUGUCAUGGACCUGAUUCAGGCAGCGCGUCACGACUGGCUCAAGGCCGAUCCGGGUAUGACACUCCGUGAGUCGUUUGAAGCGAAUGUGAAUCGUAUCCUGAACAAGGCACGUGACGAUGUCGGCUCGCACGCCGAGCAAAACCUGCCGGACUGGAACAAUGUGAAGCAGAUGGUGAUUGCUGGUUCCAAGGGUUCGUUCAUCAACAUCUCGCAGAUGUCUGCCUGUGUCGGUCAGCAGUCUGUCGAAGGUAAGCGUAUUCCGUUCGGUUUCCGCCACCGCAGUCUGCCGCACUUUACGAAGGACGACUUUACGCCCGAGAGCCGUGGAUUUGUGGAGAACUCGUAUUUGCGUGGUCUCACAGCCCACGAGUUUUUCUUCCAUGCCAUGGCCGGUCGUGAAGGUCUGAUCGAUACAGCUGUGAAGACGGCCGAGACUGGUUACAUUCAACGUCGUCUCGUCAAGGCGCUGGAGGAUGUGACGAUUUGCUAUGACGGCACAGUGCGUAACUCGACGAACAAUGUGAUUGAGUUUGCGUAUGGUGAAGAUGGUAUCGAUGGUGCGAUGGUGGAGCGUCAGAAGCUGAUCACGCAUGGUCUGAGCGACAAAGAGUUCCGUCGUCGCUUCAAGGUCGACUUGAGCCAUGGCGGUUUCAAGAAAGGCACGUUGCGGGCUGGUCUGGGCGACUGGUCGCCUGAGCUUGAGCAGUUGUUGGACGAUGAGUUCGCACAGCUCGAGCAGGACCGUCAGCUUCUGCGGACAGAGAUUUACCAAACGGACCGCGUCGACACGUACCUACCGUUGAACAUUGCACGUCUUGUACUGAAUGCUCAACAAAUCUUCCACAUCGAUCCGCGCCGCCCCAGCGACCUAUCACCGUUUGACAUUGUGGAAGGAUUGCAGCGUAUCUUGAACAACCUGGUGGUCGUACGUGGUAGUGAUCCGAUCAGUCGCAGCAUGCAGGAGAACGCUACAUUGCUGUUCAAGAUCCAUUUGCGUUCGUUCCUGUGUUCCAAGCAGGUGAUUGAAGUGCAUCAUCUUACGCGAGAGGCCUGGGAAUGGAUUCUGGGUGAGAUUGAAGGGCAGUUUGCACGCAGUGUUGCCCAGCCUGGUGAGAUGUGUGGUACGCUGGCUGCGCAGAGUAUCGGUGAGCCAGCGACGCAGAUGACGCUUAACACGUUCCAUUAUGCUGGUGUCUCGAGUAAGAACGUGACAUUGGGUGUGCCGCGUUUGAAGGAGAUUAUCAACUGUGCCGAGAACAUCAAGACGCCCUCGGUGACGGUGUACCUGCACCCGAAGUACAGUGCGUCGUCCGAAUCGGCCAAGAUCAUUCAAACGGCGUUGGCGUACACCACAUUGCAGACGGUGACGUCGGCGGUGGAAGUGUUCUACGAUCCUGACCCAAGCUCGACAGUGAUUCCAGAGGACCGCGACUUUGUUGAUGCGUUCUUUGCGAUUCCCGACGAGGAAGUCGAAGCGAGUUUGGAGCGUCAAUCGCCGUGGCUCUUGCGUCUUGUGCUGGACCGUGCGCAGAUGCUCGAUAAGAACCUGACCAUGGCAGAGGUGGCGUCGAAGAUUGGAGCCAUGUUCGGCCGUGAUAUCUUUGUGAUGCACUCGGAAGACAAUGCGGAGGAGCUGGUGUUGCGCAUUCGCAUUGUCGACAAUGACCCUGACAAGGAAGUGCAAGGCGAGGAGGAUGUGUUCCUGAAGAGUCUGGCGCAACAGAUGCUCACAGACAUUGCUCUGAAGGGUGUGCCUGGCAUUUCGAAGGUGUUUAUUGUGAAGCAGGACAAGUCGACGCGUCGUUUUGACCCUGAGACGGGUGAGUGGGAUACGUUGAAGGAGUAUGUGCUGGAGACGGAUGGCACGAACCUCAAGGAUGUGCUGGCUGUCGAAGGUGUGGAUGUUUCGCGUACGUUGUCGAACAACUGCGUGGAGGUAUUCCGCGUGUUUGGUAUUGAGGCUGCGCGUGGCUCGCUGCUGAAGGAGAUGCGUAAUGUCAUUGAGUUCGAUGGCUCGUACGUGAACUACCGUCAUCUUGCUCUGCUGGUUGAUAUUAUGACGAGUCAAGGCACGUUGAUGGCCAUUACGCGUCACGGUAUCAACCGUACGAACCAGGGUGCAUUGAUGCGUUGCACGUUCGAAGAGACUGUGGAAAUUCUCAUGGACGCUGCAUCGAUGGGCGACAAGGACGAUUGCCGUGGUGUCGGCCAGAAUGUGCUGUUGGGUCAGAUGGCGCCGAUGGGUACAGGUGCCUUUGAGCUGAACAUGGACAUUGAGAUGCUCAAAGAUGUGAUUGUCAACCGUGACCAAUCGUUCACGAACCUGUGGGCAUCCAAGCUGGGCAUGGACAGCGACGAGAUGGGCGGACGCACGCCGGGUGGCAUGACACCCUACGACUCUGGUGCGCCCGAGAUGGACGAUUUCCGUGUGCAGCAGCAGGCGAUGUUCUCGCCACUGGUGCAGGUCGGUGGCGACGAGGGCGGCUAUGGCGACUACCUGAGCGCCGGGCAAAGUCCCAUGCGGACGCCGCUGGGUGCACAGAGUCCUGGAUAUGGAUAUGCACCUACGUCGCCAGGCUACGUGCCGACCAGUCCGGCGUAUGCGCCAACGAGUCCUGCGUUGGGUGCGAUGAGCCCGUGGGUCGGUGCUGGUGGUGGAGCCACAAGUCCUGCGUACAGUCCGACUUCGCCUCGUAUCUUGGCCGGUGGUGCGACGAGUCCAGCAUACAGUCCUACAAGCCCCAGUUACUCGCCUACCAGUCCGAUGAUUGGCGCGACAAAUGCGCGCAGUACGUACACGUCGCGGAUGUCGCCGGCGAGCCCCAGCUAUUCGCCGACAUCGCCGGCCUACUCGCCCACUUCGCCUGCGUACUCGCCGACAUCGCCGGCAGCUGGGCCCAAGAGUCGACGACCUACUGCAGGACCCAAGUACUCGCCGACCUCACCACAAUACUCGCCGACCUCGCCGCAGUACUCCCCAACGUCGCCGCAGUACUCGCCCACGUCGCCACAGUACUCGCCUACAUCGCCACAGUACUCACCGACCUCACCGCAAUAUUCGCCGACGUCGCCACAGUACUCGCCCACGUCCCCCCAAUAUUCGCCUACCUCUCCUCAAUACUCACCUGGUGGUGCAGGUGCUGGCGGCGCUGCGUCGCCGCGUCGCAGUCGUAUGUCGAGCAAACCCACAUGGCAACGUUAG